GCGUUUUUUUCCUUCACUUUGUUUGACGGAAAGCUGUGACUUUUUCGGGACCGUAUUUACGAGAAGGGGAAUAUACUGCCCAAUAUCUGAAAGUUUCGAGUAUCGCUGAAAUGUGAAGUUUUGGAGUUUCACCGUUGAGACUUUUAGAGGAGUCAAUAAAUGCGUUGGAAAGGUUUGGAAGUAUCACAAAGUUGAACGGAAAACUUGAAUUACGGGUAGUGAUUGUGAUAAAUUAUUUUGUAUUGGACAAAAUCAACAGAGAAAGUUUCCGUGUUCAAAUCGAAAAUCACGGUCACUCUCGACCAUCUGUCAAAAAUUUAAGCAAUCUCGAGAUGUAAAGAAUCAGGUACAGCGCGAAUAUUUGCGGUGGCCCUCCAAAUAAAUCUCUAAGUUUAGAUGGAUGAAAAUGUUCAACUAUUUACUGAUUUUAAACAAAUGGCCCACAAAUGGUCUUAGAGUUCAACUUUUAGUUCAUCUUGCGUACACUUGCAUAUUUGCACCAGAAACAGGAGCCACCGAUGUUCCUCCAACAGAACAUGACACCGUAACAUCAGACAAUAUUACUACUACUCCAAAAUACGUAUACACUGGUCGAAAUGAAAAACAGAUAGAAAAAAUAUUUAUGAAACACGGAAUCGUGCCCGAUUUAAUAGACGAAGCUCCUAAGUAUGAACUGACCAUCCAUUACGUCGGAGGAGUUCGACCCGAUUUCGGGACGAAACACUUGGUAGAUGAAUUGAGGUAUGAUCCUUAUGCCUUGGAAUUUCCAACAGAGCGGCAUGUUUUGUACUCGUUGUUCAUGUUUGAUUUAGAUUCGCCCUCCAGAGAAAAUGCGACUAAAAGGUCAUACUAUCACUGGGGUUUGGCCAACAUGCCAGGAUUUGAAAUUGAGACAGCCGAAAUAUUGGCAAAGUACCUCGCACCGUUUCCGAAGAAUGGCACAGGGCCACAUCGGUAUGCUUUUCUUGUAUACAAACAACCAUUCUACAGAACUCUGUACCUGGAGCCACGAUUGAAUCACCUACCAGACAACACACACCGUGCGAAAUGGGAUAUACGCACGAUUGUAAAAAAAUACAAGCUCGUGGGACCUGUGGCGGGAAACUUCCUCUACUGCGAGUGGACUCCGCCAUCAGCAAAUCCUUACAUGGGACACAGCAUCAUACGACCUGAUGACGACGGCUCCUCUAAAAAGAGAGGUUAUGGAAGGAACUACAAGAAAUCACGGACAACAACGACUCUGAUUCCACCAGAUGUAUUGGAACCGUCGGAUAUAGAAGGGCCAGAUCCAGUGUAGAUAUGCUCGCGAUUAGGUCAAGUCUGAUGAUCCCAAAGAGGAAAUAAAAGUUCUCAUGGAAAAGAGAAAGUGCGUGACCACCAGAUCUUCCCGUACGUUUUUUUCAGCCGAUCAGACACGUGGCGACCACUUUUUUCCUUUCUCUCGGAAAAUAACAUGGGAAAUCGAAACCAUAGUUUUUUGAAUUCAGUCAAUUUCUCGGCAAAAAUAUGUUCACGACUAAAUUCUCACAGAUUCAGCGUUUAUAUUGAUGUAUAAUGCGUUCUACUUUCUUCAAAAACCACCAAAGAUAUUGAUUUUGGAAAUUUCAAUUUCCUUCCUUCUUCAAAUUUGAAAUUUCUAAAAUCAAGAUCUUUGGUGGUUUUUGGAGAAAUUAGAACGUACAAUUCAUCAAUAGAAAUGCCAACUCCUGGAAAAGUCAGUCAUGAAUAUAUAUUGUUGCCGAGAAAUUGACUGAAUCCGAAAAACCUACAUGGUCUCGAUUUUCAAUGUUAUAUUCUAUGAGAACGGGGAAAAAGUGCCUCGGGUGUCUGAUUACUUUUAUGGUAUUAAGAACGACCACGGCAAACUCAAGAAUGUUUCUGCCUAAAUAGAGUCUCUCUUAUCCGUUGGUGCAUGUGCCUUCAAUUUCGUAUGAUACCGUUCAACACCUCUUUUGUGAAAUAGCUGCUUGAGACGCCGUGGCACGCUGCGGCGUGGCGGGCGGUCGACUAGCGCGGAACGCGCAUUGGCGCCUAUAAACCCAACAGGGAUACUUCAAGCAUUGCGCGAAGUAUCCCCUUAGGUUUGUAGGCGCCAGCGCGCCGCGCUUGCUGGAAAAAAAAGACCAACUUGAAUUCAACUGCUCAGUUGGUUUGUUUGCAUUUGAUUGUUCACUUCGACCUGGAUAGAUAAACCUUAGAUUAGUAAAGUUUGAUAGAGGGACAUGAUAAAAUGAAUACGUCGUCAUGCUUAAUUCUCUUGCAACCCUCCCCUCUCUUUCAUGUUAACCACUAAUUACACGACUCUUAAUCUCUUACGGUAUUGCUGCACGGCUAAAUUUUAUAAAGUGAACUUUCCAGGACUUUUCUUCUAAGAUUUACGUGCCGAGUACUGUUAGUAAUAUCUGAUCUCUCAAUGAAGUGUUAGAAUUUUGUGCUCUAUUUUUUCGUCAAUAAAGUAUAAUCCGUCCGUUUUAUGCCAACCUCCUCAA